CACCUGCAGGCAGCGGCUCGGGGAGAACAGCUGAUCUGGCGGCUUCGGAGUCCGUUGUUGCCGCCGGGGAAAUUCCGCGCGGGAAUCCGCCCGGUUUCUUCGCCUAGAACGGGAUUCACGCGGCUCCGGGAAAAAGAUCGGCUAGAGCGAGUAGCCUCUUCCCUUGCCGCCGCCUCUUCCCAACCCUUCCCCCCUAUCCACCUCCCCUUUUUCCGUGCGGCUUGUAGAAGAAGCCAGCUGGCUGCUGCUGCUGCUGCUGCUGCUGCUGCGAGCGACUGAUCAUGAAGGAACAAGAGAGGAAGAACAGGAGCCCAGGAGAAAAUCGCUGCUUCUUCCCAGCUGCUGCUCCUUCUCUGGAGUGUGGAGCUCUAGACUGGGGGAUCAGAUUACAGACUUCCCCCGUGAAGGGGUGACCAAGCUGGCGACAGAACUGAAGUUUCUGUUCACUACUUGGGGGUGAAUCGGUGAGACUGAGGGGGUGCAAGAGGAAGUCGGGGGACCCCCUAAUCACAAAGGAAAGAGCGGAAAGAAGGAUACCCAUCACUUUGGUUCUUUUCUGACAUCCAUUGCCAUUGGCCAUGAAGAGAAAACAGAAAAGAUUUCUGCAAAUGACGUUGUUGUUCUUGGUGACUUUGAUUUUCCUGCCAAACAUUGGACUCUGGUCUCUCUACAGGGAAAGGCACCUCCUGAAAUCCACAAUGCUGGGAGAGCAGCAGACAUUCCCAAUGGGGCUUGGAGAUGGACAGCUGUAUACCUGGACAGAUGGCUUGAAAAGAAAGGACUGGCAUGACUAUGAAAGUAUUCAAAAAGAUGCCAUGCGUUCAGGGAAGGGUGAACAGGGAAAACCAUACCCUCUCACAGAAGAAGACAAUGAUGAUUCUGCAUAUCGGGAAAAUGGUUUCAAUAUUUUUGUGAGCAACAACAUAGCCUUGGAGCGAUCACUGCCAGACAUUCGACAUCCUAACUGUAAGCACAAGGUAUACUUGGAGAAGCUUCCAAACACUAGUAUAAUUAUCCCAUUUCAUAAUGAAGGUUGGACUUCACUCUUGCGAACCAUACACAGCAUUGUCAACAGGACUCCAAAUAGCCUAAUAGCAGAAAUCAUUCUUGUGGAUGACUUCAGUGACAGAGAACACUUGAAAGAAAAACUGGAGGAAUAUAUGGCUCGUUUUGUCAAAGUGAGAAUUGUGCGCACCAAGAAGCGAGAAGGGCUCAUUCGCACCAGACUCCUUGGAGCCUCAAUAGCUAAAGGAGAAGUCUUAACCUUUCUGGACUCCCAUUGUGAAGUCAAUGUGAACUGGUUGCCUCCUUUACUUAACCAGAUUGCACUAAAGCAUAAAACCAUUGUGUGUCCCAUGAUCGAUGUCAUUGACCACAAUCACUUUGGGUACGAGGCGCAAGCGGGAGAUGCCAUGCGAGGAGCCUUCGACUGGGAAAUGUACUACAAAAGAAUACCAAUUCCGCCAGAGCUCCAGAGGACUGAUCCCAGUGACCCUUUUGAAUCCCCUGUUAUGGCUGGAGGUCUGUUUGCUGUUAACAGAAAGUGGUUUUGGGAUCUCGGUGGCUACGAUCCAGGUUUAGAAAUCUGGGGAGGGGAGCAGUAUGAAAUUUCCUUCAAGGUCUGGAUGUGUGGAGGUGGGAUGUUUGAUGUACCAUGUUCUAGAGUUGGGCACAUCUACAGGAAAUAUGUCCCUUACAAAGUCCCAUCUGGCACCAGCCUAGCAAGAAACCUGAAGCGUGUGGCAGAAACAUGGAUGGAUGAGUUCGCAGAGUACGUUUACCAGAGGCGGCCCGAGUACAGGCAUCUCUCCACCGGUGAUAUCUCAGCCCAGAAGGAGCUUCGCAAGCACCUUAAGUGCAAGGACUUCAAGUGGUUCAUGACUGCGGUGGCUUGGGAUGUUCCUAAAUAUUUCCCUCCGGUGGAGCCUCCACCUGCUUCCUGGGGAGAGAUUCGAAAUGUAGCAGCAAAUCUCUGCGUGGACAGUAAGCAUGGAGGCACCGGCACCGAGCUCAGGCUGGACAUCUGUGUGAAGGAUGGCUCUGAACGGACCUGGUCACAUGAACAGCUCUUCACGUUUGGUUGGAGAGAAGACAUCCGUCCAGGAGAACCUCUUCACACCAGAAAAUUCUGCUUUGAUGCUGUUUCACACAGUAGUCCUGUCACACUUUAUGACUGCCACGGUAUGAAGGGCAACCAGCACUGGAGUUACAGGAAGGUCAAAGUUAAUAUUAAAAUGGAUUUCAUCCAAUAUAAAAUGAAGAACUUCUCCUCGGAAAGAUGCUUUAUCAUUCUGGCACCUCAAGACACGACUAAUCACUCGAACAUGGGACACUCCAUGCAACCAGGAAUCCUGCUUCUCCAGGCUUCUGAGUUGUACAAAACCUGCAAUUGUACAGUGUGCACACAUCAUGUCUACCUAAGCAGCCAUUCACCUGAACACAUGGCAAGUCAGGACAAAACUUUGUUCCAUCCGGUGAGCAGCAGCUGCAUUGAUUGCAACCCGGCAGAGAAGAAGAUUUUCAUGAACAGAUGUGAUCCUUUAUCUGAAACUCAACAGUGGAUUUUUGAACAUGUUAAUAUGACUGUUUUAGACAAAUUUAACAGCAAAAAAAACAGCUCUUAGAGAGAAGAAAACAGACUGUUCUGUACAGAUUGCAAACAACAUUUUGGCCAGCAUCUGGGUCAAAAAAGUCAGAAAUUAAGUUUCCUAGAGCCAAGAAAUCUGUUCUGAAGAUUAAGUAAAUGCCAGGGCAGAAGCCAACAAGCUGUCAGUGUGGAUGGACAAUAUCUGAAGAACUUGGCUGAGAACCUCACCAGCUGCCUUCUGGCUGGUAAUUUCCCUUGCUGGUCAAGGGAAAACUUUAUUUAAAAAAAGUUUCCAAAUUCUCAGUGUUAAUAAAGUUUAAAAAGUUUUAGAGUUUCUCAGGUCAAACCCUGCUAUAGUGAGUAGCUAUGAAUAGUUGCUGUUACUUAUGGGGGAUGUAUGGAGUGCAUGAGUGCUAUGGGACUCCUGAGAUGCCACAGGUAUAGAACUAGCAACACUAAUGGGAUACUGUUCGUGUCUCAGAACUGUAAACAAGACAUAUGUUCUAGUGUCAUUCCAUUCCCGUGGUGGAAAUCAGGUUCAAGAGGGUUAUUUAAAUAAGGUGUUAUAGCAGAUAAUGUUAAGAACCUCCCUACAUUCCUUUCACUGUUGAAAUGGGAAUGGUUAAAAACAAUGUAAGAGUAAUUUUAGAGUUGCAUUUUGAAUGAAGCAUGAAAAUGGCUGUAAGAUGUCAAACAACCAUUUCUCUUCUGCAGUUGAAGAAAGAAUAAUUUCCAUCAAAGCAAUUAAAUAAAUUUCCAUCCAUUUUACACGUUGCUGAAAAAUCAUCUGAAAUCAUUCAUACCUAUCAAUCAUCAUUAAUGCGAUGAGCCAAAAGGGACCACAUCCUCCAUCAUUAAAAAAGGGAUAUGUUACUUGUAAUAGCAGCACAAUGGAAGAUUUGCAGAAAGGAUUUCAGCUUGGAAGUCUGCAUUUCUUUCCUGGCACCUUUUGUUAAAAGAUGUAUAAGUAGACUUAGAUCAAUACGAUCACCAAUAGAAGAGGCAUGACAAAGCAGGUUUGUAGCCAACUAUGCAUGGAUAUACUGUCUUGAUGUUGGCUUCUACCAGUAUUAACUCAGAGCUGCAGGAAUGGUUAUAGAAGGUACGUAUAGGCAGUUGUGGAGUUUCUAUGAAACUAGUUGGGCUUUAUGUAGAAUAGCAGUUGAAACUCUGGACAACUUAAAAGUUUCCGUUAAUGCCAUUGUAGGGGUAGAAAUAAAUUUAGCAUAUCAGUCUGCAGCUUUUCUAUAGCUGCAGAUUGUGAACAUCCUAAGUACACGUUUCAAGACUUUUCUGGGAAUAGUUUAAAGAUAUUGCUCCCUUGAAAAGCAACCUGCUUUUGAGAACCAAGUUUCACAAUCAGCAGAAUUACAUGGUGCACUUAUUAAACAAUACCAUUGCACACCAUAGGUAGGGGAUCAUAUUUGAAUGCUCCAUAUUUUUAAAAAAUAUCAUUUUGCCUGUGUAAAGUAAGUAUAUAAGAACAACUGGUGCCUAACUUUCUUGAUGUUAUUUUCCCCCACAUGUGUAGGGAGGAUUUUAUGUGGUUGAGCAUUCAUAUCUGCAAUGUCAAGUGAUACUGAUGAGUUACAUCACAUGACUUUGCUGAUUGUGCAGCUUGGCUUGAGUGAGCAUCCAAGUCUGCAAUAUGGAUACUGAGAAGUUAUACCAUGUGAUUUUGUUGAUUGUGGGUGCCCGUUUUCUUUAAGCAUGUUGUUACAGAGACAUUCACUUUGGCUGUGUGGUAGCAUAUGUGGUAGGAAGAACCACUGAUGCAAAAAGUGUGGAUUAUAGCACAGUAAAUGCACAUCUGAAGCUGCCCUAAGAUUCAGGCAAAAUGAGAAGCUGGAAGUGAAAAAUGGUACAGUUAUCAAACCAAAUUGUAGAUCUGAAAGGUAAUUUCGACUUUCAGUUGCUCCAAUUCAAGUCAGAAUGUUCUUGUUCUAAUAGUCCAUUAUUUGAAGUCUUCCUCUAAAGCCUUCAUAUCUUGGAGACUUCAUAUUUUUAAGCAUUCAUUUUUAAGCAGGCUAAAAAUUGCUUGGCAAUACCAUUGUCCUUCCUUGGCAGUGACG